AUGACAGGCCGUUCGCACGACGUCAUCGUGAAGCAGACCGGCGCCGGGACCCGCCUCGGCCGGUCCGCCACGGCAUCCCCAUCGGCCCCCAACAUCGCUGCCCUUAUCGCCCACGUCGAGGCUUACGGCUACGUCGUGAUCCCCAACGCCUUCACAGCGGCCGAGGCGGACGAAGCCCACGACGAGGUCCUCCGUCUCGCGUCCUCGCCGACCACAGCCGGGCCCGCCGGAGCCUCCGGUGGCCGCAAUGCGUUCGAGGGCCACAGGACCCGGCGCGUCUACGCGCUCCUCAACAAGUCGCCUGCCUUCUACAAGUUCCCUCUGCACCCGGCCCUGCUCGCUCUGAACGACCACUUCCUGGACCCCGGAUUCCUGCUGAACGCGUUCCACAGCGUGUACAUACAGCCGGGGGAGGCGCCGCAGCCGUUGCACCACGAUGACGGCCAGGGCGUCAUGAUCGCGCUCAACCGCUUUACUGCCACAAAUAGCGCCACCGUCGUGAUCCCUGCCUCCCACACCUGGGGUCCGGAUACCGACCUCGCACAGGCCCGCCGCGAGAAUACGACCCCCGUGGUCAUGUCCAAGGGCAGCGCCGUCUUCUUCCUGGGGACCCUGUGGCACGGCGGCAGGGAGAACACGUCGGCCCACGAGAGGAGGGCGCUGACGGUACAGUACUGCCAGCCUUGGAUGCGGCCGCCCGAGAACCAGGUCCUCGCCGUCGAGUGGGAGAAGCUGAGCGGGAUGCCACGGCGGUUGGUGGAUCUGCUGGGGUACGAGGUCGGGGCGCCGUUUGUCGGAUACGCUCAUGGGCUUCACCCGUGGAAAGUUGUGCAGAGGCGACUGAGGGAGCGGGAGGGAGGUGGAAACCAAAAGUUAUAA